AUGAGUGAACCUUGGAAUUCAUUUAACCCAAGUCCUAAUUCUCCUACUCAAUCAAACUUUAAACGGGAAUAUCGAUUAGCACACCAAACUUUGUGUGUUACUCAUAUCGACUUUGAACAGCGUUUGUUAAUAGGAUUUACCCAGUUAGUUAUAUGGCCAAUUUCAUCGACUUUGCGACGUAUUCAUGUCAAUUGCCGCCAGUGUCGUAUUCAUCGCAUUUUAUUGGAAGCAGCUGAUACUGAAACAGCAGGAUUUGAAAAUGAUAGAAAAGGACGGACUGGAAACUGGUCUGCUUCGAAAAGCAAACAUAUUCCAUCACCCACUGAUCUUCCAAUUUUAUUUACUGACCCUACUUUAGAAAUAUGUGAACGUGAUACAAAAUUGAGAACUCUAGACAGUUUUGAACGUCGAUAUACAUCCGUCGUUACUGCUACGGACCCAGAUGAAGGUGCGGGUGAAGUAACAGUCAGACUAACCUCAGAUUUUUGGCCACUUGUCUCUCAAAAAUCUCCGUUCAUAUUGACAAUUGAGUUCUCUCUUAACAAACCCAAGUCUGGUUUCUAUUUCGUCGUACCUGAAGGAGAAGGAUCUUUGACUGAACGUGGAGUACAUGCAUUCACAGCUUGUACACCAAACUGUUCUCGCUUAUGGUUCCCUUGUAUUGACUGCUCAGAACCAUGUACCUGGAAAAUUGAAGUGACGGUAUUUGAAGAUUUGGUUGCCGUAGCUCCUGGAGAAUUAAUAGAUGCUCCAUACUAUACGGAAGAUCUAGCACAUAAAACGUACCACUUUUAUGUUUCCCAACCGGUAGCAGCUCCUUAUAUUGGAUUGGCAGUGGGAGCUUUCGAAAUUUUCCCAGAUCCACGACUUUCCAAUGGGGCAACACACUUUUGCCCAAGUGGGUUAUUACCUCUUUUACAACACACUAUAUCUCCCUUAUCCGAAAUGAUAGAAUACUAUGAAUCUAUCUUAGCAUCACAAUAUCCAUUCUCCACGAUAAAGUGUGUAUUUGUAGACUGCGCAAUUUCAGAAUUCCAAUCAUUUGCCUCUCUCAUUAUAUUUUCUGUUGAUUUGCUUCACUCUCCAAGGAUCAUCGACCAAGCGAUUGAAACACGCAAAGUUCUCUCAAUAGCUGUAGCACAUCAGUUUUUUGGAUGUUUUCUUAUCAUGGAUACAUGGUGUGAUGCCUGGCUUACAUAUGGUCUAGCAGGAUACUUGUCUGGUCUUUACCGAAAACGUGUUUUCGGGAAUAAUGAAUAUCGUAGGAAUAUUUUAGAUGAGAUGCAUUUUAUAACAGAAUUCGAAAAUAUGAGAUAUGGUAUCGUACUUGAUCCAUCAAAGUCUUCUUCAAAAUCUACGUAUUUUGACUUGAGUUCAUCUCAUCUUGUGUCACCAGAUUAUUUGGCAGCUUAUGUGAAGAAGUCACAUUUAGUGAUUCGUAUGUUAGAACUACGUUUAGGUCAACCUGUGUUACUUCAAGUGCUUAACAAAUUGCUUGUGCUUGCUCGACUUUCUACUAAGUCGAUUCUCUCAGUUACAGAUCAAAAUCAAAGUGAGUUGGAUGGCUUGAGUAGAUACAGUGAAAUUGAUGAUAAUAUAAUUUCACCGUGUCCAAAUACCCAACCUCAACGAAAUCUUAACGUCCCACCGUGCCUGUCAGAUGAACAUAGGGCUAAUAUUUUACUAUCCACUGCCUCUUUCCGAAGAAUUAUUUCAAUGGUUACAGGUCAAGAUAUUCGAAAUUUCCUAAAUCAAUGGGUCUGUCGUUCUGGUCAUGUUAGAUUGUUUGCUAAGUUCCAUUUCAAUCGAAAGCGAAAUGUUGUGGAGUUGGAAUUAAAACAGGAUUUACAAUCAAGAGGAACGUUAAACUAUACUGGGCCAAUCACCGUUAUGCUCCAAGAACUAGACGGAGCGUUUAUGCACACUUUCAAACUGGAAGAAGGUCGUAUGUCACGUGAUUUACCUUGUCAUUCCAAAAGUCGGAAACAUCGUAAGAAAAAAAUAUCUUUAGCUAACGGAGAUGAAGUUGAUAUGGAUUUGGCUCGUAUUGAUCCAGAAUCACCCCUCCUGUGGCUUCGAAUAGACCCUGACCUGGCUAUCAUACAUAGUAUACAUGUUGAUCAACCAGAUUUUAUGUGGCAUCUUAUGUUGGCUCAUGACAGAGAUUGUCUUGGUCAGCUAGAAGCAGUUGCUGCUCUUAAAGAUUUUGCUUCUCCUGAAACACGCCAUGUUUUGAGCAAUAUUAUUUUAAAUGAGAAAAUCUUCUACCGAAUUCGAAUGGAAGCUUGUUACACCCUAUGCCACGUUGUGAAUGAAUUGAGUGCCCUCAGUAAUAACCCCGCAAUGGCUUCUACUGCUGUUGCUUCUUGUCUGUUGCCAAUGUUUUGGCAGUUGUUUAGUUCACCAGCAGCUCGUGGUUUGAUUCGUCAGAAUAAUUUCACCAACUUGCAACAUUAUUUUCUUCAAAGAGCAAUGAUUAAGGCUCUCUCAACCUUACGUGUGCAACAAGUUUGCCCUCAUGAAGUAUUAACUUUCCUUAGUGAUUUGUUAAGACAUAAUGAUAAUUCUUGUAAUCCUUACUCUGAUGAUUACUACGUAGCCGAUCUUGUUAAGGCAAUGAAAGAUACCCUUACACCUGCAAUUAUUGUUCGUGGCGUCAUGUCAGCAUCAACAUUGCCAUUUGAAGCGCGUACAGUUAUUGAAGAAGUUUCUCACUUAUUAAAUUUAGAAACAGAGACAAUGAGUUAUAAAGGUGUUAUAACUGUUGUGUGUUUAUCAGCCAUAAGACGACUACAACGGCUUGGUUUUUUGCCUAUAGAUCCAAGUCUUUUUUACCAAUAUGCGUCAUCAAACUUUUACUGUGACAUCAGAUUAGCAGCAAUCGAAGCCCUUGUGGAUUACAUCAGAGGAGAACGAGAUCAAUCAGCAUUAGACUGGCUUUUCAACAAUAUCAUUGAACACGAAGAUGGUGGUGAUUCUUCAUAUGUUCGACUUCGUUUUCAGUCUAUACAGUUGUUAUUGCGCACACCACCAUUUCAACGUGGUGAGACAGGAAGUCGACUGGACACUCCUCAGCUAGUUGAAAGACUUUGGACUCUAAUGAACUAUGGAUGCACAGGUGAUCCUCGGUUACGGUGUGCAGUAGCUGAACUGUAUUAUACUCUUUAUGGUAAUCGUCGGCCAACUUGUCUUCCUCUUCCAGAGGGUGUACUCUUAGUGAGGGUUAAAGAAGGCCGAUCUGUGCUCAAUAUAACUGAAAAUAAUCUUAGAUCUAACGAUAUGGAUGAUGGUGAUGAAUUGAGCAAAUAUAAGUCUGAAUCCCUGACUAGAAAAUCGUCAUCAUCUAAAGUGCAUACAGAAUAUGAAGAAUUGGAAGAUAAUUUCUUAGAUAGUGAAAUGUUACACGCAAAUAGUGCACAAUUAGAACGUGAUUCAUUACAGCGUACAACAGAAUUCAAUACUCAAUCAGAUUUUAAACGUUUGCAUACAAAUAGAAAUGUGAAUUUUUGUGAAAUGAAUGAUUCUUCAAAUAUUUUCAAAAGACGAACGGAACGAUUGAGUGAUGACGAAGAUGAUUAAGAUCUGGGUAAGUUAAUGGAUUCAUAAAGUUUACAUGUAUUUCAUCAUUAAUCACUGUCAUUUCGGAUGGUUUAAUCCUUGGACUAAUUGUUCGAGAAUUCAUGAUGGAAUAAACUUUGUAAAAAAUUGAUAAACUCUGAAAGUAAUUGUACAAUUAACACUAUUCAAAUGUUUAGAUUAUGGGAUUUGUAGGGAUUGGGAUUAAUUUCAUUUAUUAGAUUUUGUCACGAACUAACAUCAGUUAGAGUAGUCAUUGAAAACCAGGGAGCACUGGGCAGCUGCUUAUUCUUAUUUCGGGACUCUUUCUCAGUGCACACCCGAAACCCCAUCAGA